GUAUAUAUUUCCAUGCAAAGUCUCUACCAUUCCUACGUAUUCCCCCACCAUUCGCAUCAAAUAUGUUCUUGUGCCUCGCCGACUCAGAACCAAAGCAAACGCCCAUGGACGAGGUCUUGUCUCAAGUCUUCGGCGCAUGCAGGCUAGCUGGAGAACUGGAGAGCAGCCUCCGCCUCUCCAACGCCGCGGCCGAUGCCCAUUUCCUGUUGAGCUCUUGCGAGCACGUCGUCGACGCCUUCAACAAAGCCAUCGAUGGUGUUCGGAUGCUCACGGGAGAAGGGCGCAUGCGAGCGUUCGAGCUUCCCCCAAUACCGGCUGCGGAAGACGACGAGCACCCGUUCUUUGAGAUGGCCGAUUUCUCGGAAUCGCCGCAACUGUCUCUGGAAGUCCAGCCGUCGGCGGCCGCUCAUUCCGAGGCAUUUGCAGGCGGGGGAGAGGCUCAAGUUGCGGUGGGUGGCGCAUCAUCCCGCGGGAGAUCUUCGAGGAAGAGGAAGGAAGGCUAUGUGACGAAGAAGGUUCCUGUUCUUCGAACAGGGAACAUGGAGGUUCCCCCUGACGAUGGGUACACGUGGAGGAAGUACGGUCAGAAAGACAUACUCAAUUCCAGGUUUCCAAGGAGCUACUAUCGCUGCACCCACAAGAACUACUACGGCUGCGAGGCAAAGAAGCAGGUUCAAAGGCUGGACGCCGAUCCAUAUACAUUGGAAGUCACCUACUGUGGCAGUCACACCUGCAAGACCUCUCCGACUCCGAUCAUGAUCCCCUCCCUGGCACACAGCCCCAUCGGCAAGGAUGAGAAGGACGACAGGAAUUGCCAUGGCCACCCACAAGCUGCGCCCACAACAACGCGAUCUACUUCGAUCCAACUGGGUAACUGGUUCGAGGGCAGCAGCAGACAAGAAGGGCAGACGCAGGGUGGCCGAGAUGUGGAUUAUUGCCCCGUUGCGGAAUUCGCUGAUGCCAUGUUUAGCUCAGGGAGCAGUGGCAGCAUCAUGGAUGCCAUAUACUUGCCGAGGCAGGGGAAUUAGGAGGACGUAGG